CUGACUCAGACGAGAAUGGCAGUGAUACUGUCACCUCGCUACGAUCGGGAUCGGAUGAGGAAUCGCAGAGACGUCGCUUCCGGAAGAGGCGGGGGAGCAACGACACUGUACCCGGACUUGACAAGGGUACCUCGAAGCCCUCAAAGAAGGGGAGAGGGAGACCGCCCACCACGGGCGUAUACGUCGGUCUGCACCAGGCGCAGAAAGAGAAGCUUGCAGAGGAGCGAAGAGUUCAGCGCCUGGCAGAACAAGCAGAAGCGGAACGGCAAAUCUCUGAAAUGA